AUGGAGGUUCUUAGAGAGAGCGUGCUGGCGAGAGGGAGCCCCGCACAGAGGUUCAAGGCUCUUCUGGUAAACUUCAAGAAACUGCGGGCAGACCCGCCCACUAUUCCACCGCUGGACGACGACGCCUCUGCAACAACAACUUCAGGAGAGGGAGGGGAAGAGUAUUCGUGGGAGGACCUGCUGCAUGCAGUGGCUGGGUUGUGCAGCGUUGCUCUCCCGGACAUGGAGGACUCGGCCAUAUACUCCAGUCUCACUCGUUCCGGCAGCAAGACAAUCGUUCUACUAUCAACCAGCAGGGUGGGGGAGCUUCAAUGUUCACACAAGCAAAGAGAAAAAAGAACUAUUACCACGAGCUCUGAAACUGAAGCAAAGAUCACACCGACGAGUGCAGCCCCGCAGUCUACUGGUAGUAGCUGUGAGGUGGAGAACCCAUUUCUGGAAGUUUUCAGUGAAUCGGACUCCAGCGAUAAUGAGAGUGCAUUUUUUGCAAAAUCGACUCUAAAACUUCGCAGUGUUGGAGGAGAGGAUGAGUUCAGUGAGGGGAGGAGAAGGUUUCUGGAGGCCUGUCGGUACCGUCGUGAGGGAGAGAGGUCCUCCAUAUCUGGUCCAGAGGAGACUGUGGCUGGGUGUGGGUGUUUCCUGAGACUGAGCAGUCGACCGCCGGGCAGUGCCGUCCAGGUUCUUCUCCUGGCCGUGAGACACAGAUGGAGGAGGGCCGGUCUUGGCUCUUUCCUGCUUCAGACAAUGAAGGACCCGGCAGUGGUGGGUGAGUACAAUGCUCUCCUAACGUUCGCAGACCACAAGGCAGAGAGGUUCUUUACCACCCACGGCUUCUCGGAUGACCCUAUUCUUACAGCCAAAUACAGAGCGGUAGUGGAUGACUGGGAGAACAGCAGUCUCAUGGUCUACAUUCCCCCAUUCUCUGGUAGUGAUGCAGCUACU